AAAGCAAAAAAGAUGGAUAAAGUCAAUGACGGAGCGCCAAGAGAGAAACAUAGAGAACCUAAAGCUACAAAUGAUGAAGUUGUUCCAGAACUCAUACUUGCAUUGGUCGGAGACUCAAACUCCAUGGAAAAAGGACCAAGAAAUCUCUUAAUUGAUCAUGAUGAGCAUGAAUCAGAAAAAUCUUUUUCAUCUAAACUGUAUGACUUGUGUGGUCGACACAUCUGUGUCUUGAACAUGCUUGAUCUUCCAAACAUUGAUUCAAUCCCAUCAAACCAAGAAGUUCAUGCUUUCAUCCUGCUGGUAGCAAACGGUCAGCACAGCAGUCAUUACAGAUCAGGAAUGCAGUGGUUAGAGAAAACCUUUGGAAAACAAUGUUUUCCUUAUGUCAUCACAGUUGUGACUCAUAACCCACAUGAAAACUGUGAAAAUGCAGUAACAGAUUUAAAAGCUUUUGGAAGUUUUUCAGAGAAAAGAUACCAAAAAUCAAAAAGAAGAAUGGAUGAAAAGGAAUUAGUUGCUCUUUUAGAAAAAAUAGAUGUCAUGAUCUCUGAAAACAAACCUCCAUGCUGCAGUUUCAUGAUUACUGACACAAAGGAAGAUCAAAAAGGAGGAGUCAUUACAGGUUUCUUUAAUGUGGACAGAAGUGGAAACACAACGCAGGUCAGACAACAAUCAACAAAUUCAGAAGAAUUCUUGUUUUCUUCUCUGAAACAAGGAAUUUUUCCUGAAGAAAACCACCAAGAGAUUCAUCAUAAAGAAGUUGAAGCCCUGUUCAACAGACUUCAGGACAGACGACAACAGAAGUUUUCAUCAUCAGAUUUUCUUAAAAUACGUCCUCCUUUUAACCAGAUCACUGACACACCUGAAAAAGAUGUAGCUCAAGCUUUUCUCCAGAGGUUGGUGGCAUUAGAUUACAGAGCCAGAUACAUCCCUGUUCGACCAGAUAGUUCUGAGGUGAACCAUUUACAGUCUAUUGCUGUUUCUGAAAGUGUUAGCACAGAUGAUGAUGAUGACUUAGAUGCUCUUUUUAGCACUAAUGUAGAUUCUAAUCAGUCCAAACAGGAUCAUGUUCACCCCAUGGACAUCCAGAUGGUUGUAUUUCACUUCUCAGACAGCUUCCUGAAGCAGAACAUGAUUACAAAGUUGUCACAGUGUCAGUACGCCUUACCUCUGCUUGUUCCUGAUCCUGCUGCAGCAGAUAUUGAGUGUCCUCUGUGGACGUUCAGACAAGUAAGAAAAACCUGGAAGAAAACUGAAAUCAGAGAUAAUUCAAAGACUGUCUCCAUCAAGAGUCUACCGAUCUGCAAAGCUGAAACUCCACUGGUGUCUUUCUUCCGUCUGGGUUCACUGUCUCAGUCUAAAUCUCAGCUCAUGAACACUUUGAUCAACGACCGUCACAACACCUUCUUCCACAGAAACUGUCCAGGAAGCACCAAAUCUCGUCAUUUGAUGGAUGGAGUUGUAGAGAUUGCCUGGUACUGUCCUGCUGGAAAAGACAAUGAUUCAUUCUCUGACUGCAUUGGCUUCUGUAAUCUUCAUGGUGAUUCUCUGUUGAUGGAAAAACAACGUGAAAUACUGACUGAAAUAUCUUCAGUCUUAGUUGUUCUUGUACCAGCUCUGGAAAAAGGUCAGGAAAGUUCUAAAGUAAUUUCCACUCUUUUCAGAUCUCCAAAUCCUCUGAUUGUUCUCACUGCUGAUAAUGACUGUGGUGCUGUUCAGAUAAAACCACAAAAAUACAAAGUGGGUCUGAAAGACAGAAGUCAGUCAAAUGUUUCUGAAGAACUCAGAGAAACUAUUGUAAAGAUUUUGUCUGGAUCAAACAAAUCCUUCAAUCUUGAGUUGAUGUCCAACAUCUCUGGAGUCAGAGUGGAUGAAGACGACACAGUCUGUCAAAAUGGAAAAUCUGCUGCCAUGAACAUAGUGAAGCUGAUUCAGGACAUGGAUGUUUCCAGGAUCAAAGAUACUUCUCUUCCUUGUCAAGGUCAACUUUGGCAUGAGUGGUGCAGAACAAACAGAGAAAGAUUUCACCUCAGAGGAAACAUUGAGAAAGAAAAAAGUCAGAAAGAUGAGAAACUGAUACAAAUCCGACAGAAACAAUGUGCUGCUUCCUGUAGUGAACUGAUGAAAUCAUUCACUGACAGUCUCAUGAGUUUGGAACAGAAAGACAAAGAAUACUUCCUGAAAUGGACUCAGAUCCUGAUAGAUGAACUCUCCUCAAAGGAUCUCUCUACAAUUCUCCAAAACUAUGAUAAAAAGUGGUCGGAGGUUUUGACUUUAAAGAAGAAACAUGACAAAACUGAUCAGUUAAAGGACAAACAAACUGAGCUUGAACAAAUAUCACAGAAACUGCAGGCAGCAACCUUUGGUUUGGAGCACAUCUUCAGAGAAAUGUCACAGAUCUAUGAAGCCCAUCAAUCUCUACAGAGACAAACACACUGCAGACACACUGAAUGGGUUAAAUACCCUGAGCUGGCUGCAGAUCUGAUGAUAUCUGGACAUCCCAUGGAGUUGAUGGAUGGUGAUGCAGGUCACGUGCCUUUAACUUGGAUCUCUGGUCUUUUACAGGAAGUCAUCAAGAAACUGGGUGACCAGAGAGUUUUUGUGUUGUCAGUUUUGGGCGUUCAAAGCAGUGGAAAGUCAACAAUGCUGAAUGCCAUGUUUGGACUGCAGUUUGCUGUGAGUGCAGGCAGGUACACCAAGGGUGCAUACAUGCAGCUGCUCAAAUUAUCAGACGAAAUCAAGACAGACUUCAAGUUUGACUAUGUUGUAGUGGUGGACACUGAAGGACUGAGAGCUCUUGAGCUGGAAGGUCACAACACUCUUCACCACGACAAUGAACUGGCAACAUUUGUUGUUGGUUUAGGAAACAUGACACUGAUCAACAUCUUUGGUGAGAAUCCAGCUGAGAUGCAAGACAUCCUGCAGAUUGUAGUUCAGGCUUUCAUGAGGAUGAAGAAAGUUCAGCUUUCUCCAAGUUGUGUGUUUGUUCACCAGAAUGUUACAGAUGUCACAGCUGCAGAGAAAAACAUGGACGGAAAGAGACGACUGCAAGAAAAACUGGACGAGAUGGCUCAACUAGCUGCCAAAGAGGAAGGAUGUGAUGCUGAAUGUUUCAGUGAUGUUAUUACAUUUGAUGUUCAAAAAGAUGUGAAAUACUUUGCUCAGCUGUGGGAGGGAAGUCCACCAAUGGCUUCUCCAAAUCCAGGUUACAGUGAGAGUGUCCAAGAACUGAAGAGCUUCAUCCUGUCUAAAGCUUCAGAGUCUGAUGGAAUCAAACUCUCACAUUUCAAAAGCAAAAUUCAGGAUCUGUGGAACGCUCUGAUGAAUGAAAACGUUGUUUUCAGCUUCAAAAACACUCAAGAAAUCUCAGUGUACAGAAAACUGGAGAUCCAGUAUGGAAACUGGACUUGGGCUUUGAGGAGUGAGAUGCUGACCAUUGAGAACAGACUUUAUCCACUGAUAGAUAAAGGACAACUUGACAAGAUUGAACUCAGAGAUCUUUCUAAAGGAAUGAGCAAAGCAUAUGAACAAAUAAAGACAAAAACCACAGAUUACUUUGAGAAAAAUGAAGACAAAGAACUGUUAGUUCAGUGGCGUGGAGGAUUUGAAAACAAAAUCAAAGAUUUUCAUGAGGAACUUCUGACAGGAGUUAAAAGAAAACUGGAUGAAGUCAUUCAGCAGAAGAAAGCCUGUAAGAAGCUUGAUGAGAAGAAAACAGAUUUUGAGAACAAACUGCUGCAAAAAAGCAAAGAACUCGCUCACGCUCUAAGAGAGAUCAUAAAAGAUGAAGAGGAACUCAAGAUGCAGUUUGACUCUGUUUGGAGUCACUGGAUUAAAGAAUUAACUUCAGAUACAAAACCCAUUGAGGACAUCAACCUGGAAGAAGAUCAGUUAACUGUCCUUAAAGAUCUUGGUUUUGAAUUGACUCUAUGUCAUAAAUUGAAACACAGUAAGCAAUACGAAACCCUGCCAAAUACUGGGAAUUACUUUGAUUAUAUUCAUUUAAAUGAGCAUAAUUUAUUUAAUGCUGCAUUGAAAUAUGUAGGAGUUGAACUUCUGUCUCAUGAAGAUCAGGAACAGAUCAGAUCUUUUAUUAAAAAUGUCGAACAAAAAUCACUGGAGAUCAUUCAGAGCAAACCUGUAGCAACAAGAGGAUACACACCAACUUACCUGCAUGAAGUGGCUAAAAAUGUUCAAAAAAAUGUGACAGAAUUUGAAUCAAUGAGAAAAUUUACCUUUAAGAAGGAAUUCACAGUUGAGCUUCUGCUGUUUGUCUUCCACAAAGCAGCUGACUGGAUUUUAAAGUCUCACAAGACAUACAAAGAUAACAAUGAUGUUAUAAACUACUUAAACAGCAAGAAAAAUGAAUACUUUAACAUUUUCAGAAGUUUCUGUAAAGGAAGCUCGUCUCCUGUGGUGUUUGGAGAAAUGAUCUGUCAGAAACUGAAUGUCUCUGCUGUUGAGGCUGUCUGUAACCAGACUGCUGUUGACCUUGCUGGAGAACUCAGGUGUAAUGUCCCAGCAUUCAAUGGGAACAGGCUGAACCUGAAGAAACAUGUGUUGAAGGAUCUGGCAGAAAGAGAAGACUUCAACAAGUUCAUCACCUACAUCAGAGAUCCAAGGAAGCAAGUUGAAGGUUUUAUUAAAGAAAAAGUAAAAACAUUCAUAGUAUUUGAAAACAACAACAAAGCUCAUAAAAUCCUCCAGAAAAAUUCAGACGACAUCCAGAGAUUCAUCAGACAAACUUUAUUUGAAGCAACAGAGAAGAUUAAAACUGAGAAAGGAGACAUAAACAUGUGGGUGAAGGAGAUCUCCAGUUCACUGAGAUGUAAAAUGAGACUUGAUACCAUUUCCUGUCAUAACUUCAGAGACAUAAACAAUUUUGACUUUUUAAGAGAUGAAAUAGAAAAAGGUCUUCAAAUCAUCUCUAAGGAGAUGAAGGAUCUCCCUCUGGUUGAGGUGAUGAAGUACAGACAGAAACCUGAUGAAAUCCUCAUUGAUCAGCUGUGUAACUGCUGCUGGGAACGAUGUCCAUUCUGUGGAGCUGUUUGCAUCAACACCAUCAAAGACCACAGUCCAGACAAACACAGUGUUCCUUUUCAUCGACCUCAAGGAGUUGAAGGAUGGCACUAUAGAGGCACAGUUGAGCUAGUCACUGAUUUCUGCACCACAUCAGUCGCUAGUGAUCAAAGCCUCUAUCCCAGUCCUGAAUCAGAGAAGAGCAUUCCCCAUAAACUGUAUCAAACUGCAGGAGGAAAAUAUGCAUCGUGGAGCAUUAUUGCAGAUGGAUCUAAGCUGCCAUACUGGAAAUGGUUUGUUUGUCACUUUCAGAAGGAAAUAGAAGAUUAUCAUGAACUGAAGUUUCAGGACCGAGGGGAGAUUCCAUCUGAAUGGAGAAAUUACAGUAAAGAAGAAGCUCUCGAAAGUCUGGAUGAAAUGUGCAGUUUGUGAGAAACAUGCUGGAGGUUUAAAGAGGUUAAUUUGAGCAUUUUUUCACAAAGAAAUGUUCACUCAAACCAAGCAGUUAGAGAGUUUAAGGAAACACUUAAAGCAAUGAAACAAAAUAUAGGCAUUUCUUCUUUAAUCUGUGUUUCAUUAAGUGUAAUAUCAUUAAUGCUCUAAUUUUAGCUUGAAAACUCAAUAAAAUAGAGAAAAGAAAAAAUAAACAUUUUAGAAAACAAGGUCACAGUCCUGUAAAGGCAAAGAUAAUAUGACCUUUUCUCUUUUAUCUUUUAGAUAAAAAAAAAAUUUUUUAUAAAUUUGUGCAGGUACUUUUUUACUGCAUUUAUUUUUUUCAUACAUUUUUCAACUUCUGUCUAUAAUACAACAUGUUGUGGGAUAUUUGCUUAAGUUUUUUAAUAGAAAGACAUUUUUAGAUGUUUUGACAAAUGUUUCUGUUUUCACUGUCCAAAUUGAUGUGAAGUUUCUAAAAAUAUGGGAAUUAUACAAAAUAGUACUUUAAAAUUCACUUAUAACAGAAGUUCUGCUGUUCAAUUUUUGCUUUCAUGAAUACUUUCAGUAAUUUCACAUUUUUCACAUAUUUAGUAAUAUCUGAAAGUAUUCAUAUAAUAAAGAAGGUGGCUCCAAUUUAUAUCUACUUUUGCAAAUUUUCGUUUCCUUUUUUAAUGUGUUUGAUAUAGAGAGAUUUAUUUUUUAACGUAUUUAAUCCAGUUCCCUUACAAUCUGUCAAUGAAACGUUACAUUUGCCCUUUGAUGUAAAUUUGCCUUUUUUCCUAAUUUUUUUUACACAUCUGUUAUUCUUUUUUCAAUUUAUGCAAAAGAAAAUAAAUGGAAAAGAGUGUUUGAAUUUAUACAUAACAAUUUAAAAAAAAAACACCCUAAUAAGAACACAUUCACUCAUUCUUUUAUUUUUUAAACAGUUAUUGUUGAGCAAAUGCUGGUGUAACAAAAUGCUUUGUUUGUAUAAAUGUGCUUUGAAACUUCAGGCAUAGCAAAAAACAAAAAAAUGAACAUAAGUUUUUAUCAUACUGGUCUGUGGUAAUAUUACUCUGAAGUGUUUCUUGUUAUCUUGUAUCUUUAGAAUAAACAAAAUUGCUUUGACUUAUAAUUACUGAUCUAUAUACACUGCCUUGCCAAAAAAUAGUCGCCACCAAAAAAAAAAGGGCCAUACACUCUAAUAUUUCGUUGGACCGCCUUUAGCUUUGAUUACGGCACACAUUCACUGUGGCAUUGUUUCGAUAAGCUUCUGCAAUGUCACAAGAUUUAUUUCCAUCCAGUGGUGCAUUAAUUUUUCACCAAGAUCUUGCAUUGAUGAUGGU